CUGGAGGUGAUCUGGCCUUCGCAGUUGCCCUCCCCAGGGCGCAAGUGAAGUAGCCUCAAGAUCCAGAGCAGGACUGCGCUGUCUUACUGCGGGCGCCCGCGCUCCCCGCCAGCCUCUGGGAGGCAGCAGCAGCGAAGUUCCCUUUAAGCACAGACUCCGCCCCCGCAGCUUCCGCUCAGCCCUGGUCGGGCUGAGCCGAAGCCGCCAUUAUGAUCUGCUUGGUACUGACCAUCUUCGCAAGUCUCUUUCCCGCGGUCUACACCGGCGUGCACGAGCGCACCUUUCUGGCCGUGAAGCCAGACGGCGUGCAGCGGCGGCUGGUGGGCGAGAUCGUGCGGCGCUUUGAGAGGAAGGGCUUCAAGCUGGUGGCGCUGAAGCUGGUGCAGGCCUCCGAGGAGCUGCUGCGCGAACACUACGCCGAGUUGCGCGAGCGCCCCUUCUACGGCCGCCUGGUGAAGUAUAUGGGCUCCGGGCCUGUGGUGGCCAUGGUGUGGCAGGGGCUGGACGUCGUGCGCACCUCCCGGGCGCUUAUCGGUGCCACGAACCCGGCUGACGCCCUUCCCGGCACCAUCCGAGGGGACUUUUGCGUCGAGGUUGGCAAGAACGUGAUCCAUGGCAGUGACUCGGUGGAGAACGCCCGCCUUGAGAUCGCGCUCUGGUUCCGCGAGGAGGAACUACUGUGCUGGGAGGACAGCACUGAACACUGGUUGUACGAGUAGCUGCCCAGCAGAUGCACACCUGAGAGGGCUGUGGCAACUCUGCAUCCUUCAGGUCUGGGUGUGGCCAGACUCUUAAGUCCCAUGUCGGGCCUUGGAACAUCCUUUCUGGGGCAGGGACCAUGGUACUCUGCAAGACCUCCCUCAGGGAGGAUAUGUGCACUGGGCCUUCUUGCCCAAGGUGCAGCCACACACAGCAGUUGUGGAAACAUACCAGAACAGCAAUCCUGGCACUCACCUUGGUCCAACAUUUCUUUUUAUAAUAAACUGAAGAAAUCCUU